AGCCCGUGUCUGUGUGUGUCUUCGCUGUGAUUGGAUCCUGACUGCAUCACAGAGAAGAGGAGUGACACACACACACGCACACACACACACACACACGCACACACUCUUGACAGAUUCCCCCCUGGAAGAAGAAGAAGAUGUCUGGGACUCCGACCACAGCUGCGAACCCACAGUCCGCCAAACUGAAGAAGGAGGAAUCUUCUUUCCUCGGUAAAUUAGGAGGAACCCUGGGGCGUAAGAAGAAAUCUAAAGAGGUGAGCGACCUCCACGAGGAGGGCAAGAAUGCCAUCAACACUCCAAUGCUUCCCACAGGGACCGAGAUCCAUCCAGAGGACACACUGCUGGAGGAAAACGCUGAGAGGAUCAUGUUGGACCCAACAUCGAGGGACAAUCUUAAAUUUAAAGAUCUAUUGAAGGUCCUGAUCGACUGGAUCAACAGUGAGUUGGAGGAAGACAGGAUCAUAGUCAAAGACCUGGAGGAGGACUGCUACGAUGGACAAGUGCUGCAGAAGUUAUUCGAGAAGUUGUCGGGCAGGAAGCUGAACGUGGCCGAGGUGACCCAGUCGGAGAUCGGCCAGAAGCAGAAGCUGCAGACGGUUCUAGAGGCCGUGAACGAACUGCUGAGGCCUCAUGGCUGGACCAGCGAGUGGAGUGUGGACUCGAUCCACUCAAAGAACCUGGUGGCUAUCGUCUAUCUGCUGGUGGCCCUCGCGAUGCACUUCCUGGCCCCCAUCAGGCUGCCCGAGCACGUCUCCGUACAGGUGGUGGUGGUCAAGAAACGAGAGGGCAUCCUGCAAACUGCUCUAGUGACCAAAGAGCUGACGAGCACCACAGAAAUGAUGUUGGGAAGAUUUGAGAGGGAUGCGUUUGACACCUUGUUGGAUCAUGCACCUGACAAGCUCAACGUUGUCAAAACGUCGCUCAUCACCUUUGUGAACAAACACCUGAACAAGCUGAACCUGGAAGUGACUGAGCUGGAAUCUCAGUUUGCUGAUGGAGUGUACCUCAUACUGCUGAUGGGGUUGCUGGAAGACUACUUUGUCCCUCUGUUCAACUUCUUCCUCACCCCUGAGAGCUUUGAACAGAAGGUUCACAAUGUGGCGUUUGCCUUUGAGCUGAUGCAGGACGGAGGCCUGAAAAAACCCAAAGCCAGACCAGAAGAUGUUGUCAACCUGAACCUCAAGUCCACCCUCCGGGUUCUCUACAACCUGUUCACCAACUACAAGAACUCUGAGUGAACUCGUCCGCUGCUGCCUGCUGAUACGACUCUGAACACUGUGCCGAUGUUAAAUGUUACAGUCUGGACACUGGAGGCCGACUGGGACUGAAGGUCGUUAUGUGUGACUUAAAAAGACACAGGGGGAAGGGCUCUGAAUGUUUUAUAUCUUCCCUAAAUGUCAGUAUUUUUUCUUCUGUCCUUAAGUGCAACACAGGAAACUCUGCAACCUUUAUCCCUGCAUUUCAAUACGCAGCUGUUAAAGGUAGAAAUGUACAUGUGUGUAAAAAAUAUACGAGGGCAGCAUGUAGAAACUCAGUUGCAUAUCCUUCAGAUUAUUUAAGGAAGAUAAAAAUGUUGUUAUAUAUUAUAUAUUAUCUAAAAAAGCUUUGUAUGAAUAUUAAAAGAAUGGUUCACA